UGUCAGCGGCUGCAGGUGUUUGUUCUUUAUAGAUAAAGAUGGCAAACUCCCAUCUGCCGGAACUGCCGGUCGGAGAGCCGCCGCCGGCGGCUUUGUGAGUGUUAUCUGCCCCUAUUGAACCGGCAGCUGGCGGGGUGACGUUAAAAGAGAACUCGCUACAGACCUCCCCGCGCGAGGGUUUUGUAACAGCCGGUCAGCGUGUUAGAGGAGCCCGGCAAUUGGCCGGCACCGAUGGAAAAUCUUAGGAACGAGGAUUGCAAACCACACAAAGAAUUUUUCCUAUUUAUUCAGGGAUUUUUAAUUUUUGCUUUGCAUUGUGCAGUCUGUUCGCAUCCGUCCUUAAUUACUUCAGCAAAGCCCAUCGCGGUGCGCUGCUUCUCUGGGAGGGUCAGAGCGGGGAAGAGGCAGUGCUGAACUCUGCCCUGCCAGCAGCACUGAGCUCGGAGGUGUGAGAAAGGAAGGUUGAAUGGGCAGUGUCCUUGUUUGAGCUUAAAGGCUGAUUUUGGUGGAGGAAAGGUGAGACUGAGGCCUUGAAGUCUCACCGUAAUGUCUGGGGUGAAAUUGAGCUGUUCUGAUGCCUUGGGGGAAAAAAUAAGAGACCUUUUUAAUGGAACCCUGCAGGAUGCUGUGGUUGCCCUGGUGAACAGCUGCAUUGUGGUUUUCAGUUCCUCUUUGGUGGUAGAUACAGCAGAAAGAAGUCAUCAAUAUGUCCUGUCCAAGUCAACGAUAUACCUUAGCAGUUUAGCAGUUUAAUAGGUUGUUUUGCUCCAACAACUUACACUGCAGCAGCUGAGGUAGGAUUACAGGCUGAUGUACUGAAGUCCCGUGUUUGUGCUUGCAAAGGUGGAGAGGUCAUAUGCUGUGUAGAGACUGGCGCUGGAUGGGAUCGCAGCUAAUGCCUCUCUUUACUGAGAAUUAAGAGCUCUUGCAAGAUACUGAGGUGUGCAAGGGAGUGUGUUUCAUGUCAGUCACACUGGGGGCAAGUUUGUGGCUAGAAAGACAGGCUGAAAUGGUCAGUGCUGGUAUUCAGAGCAGCUGUUCUAUAUAAUUCUGCACUCUGUCACUGCGAAGGUGAGGUAACGUGCAAUAUGUGUUCUUUACUCGAACCUGUAAGGACUCAGUUAUUUCUGAAGGCUUGAAGUUGAACACAAGAUCUUCCUGUUGAUGACCUCUGGACUGACACAUCUGGUAGUCUUUCUGGCCCUGUUACCGCACUAUGGAUCCACUGGGGCAUGCAAGAAGUGCUCCUGCCCAAGGUGCCAAGGAAGGAUUAAGCAAGCCCGCCGUUCCCCAGAAGAACGCUUACGCUCGGCUUGUGCAAAAGCACCACAGCGGUCGGUUCCGGUCUUACAUGAACCGAGUUGCACAGAAGAUGCAGUUGGAAGAAAGCACAUCCAACGAGCACAGCUCGGACCUGGAGCUGCCCCUGCGGAGAGGGCUGGUGAAGGAAAACCUGGCCAGGAAUGGGUUGAAUGUGCGCAGCUAUUCCCCAGUCAGAGCAUCUCACCUGGAACAGCCUGGAGGGUUUGAGAACGAUAAACCCCAAACCCUUUUUAACAGAUGUCUUCAUAGGAAAAAUGCCAGCGUUAACUCAGAAGGAGACUUGGAGGUGGAGGAAGACUGCUAUGUGCAUCGGCACGGGGCUGCGGCUGACUCGUUAAAUCUGAGUGAUGCCAUGGGUAGGCGAGUAUCGACCGGCCUGAGACACAGCGCAGCUCUGCAGAAGUCUUCUGGUUCUGAUGAAAAGGAUGAGGAGGAUGUGUGGAGGAGGAGACAUAAGAAACGAGGCAGGUGUCCUGCCAACACUGAUAUGGCGGCUGGACACUUGUUGACUGAGCACUUUAGUGGGGAUGUGCUGGCAGCAAAUGCCAGGAGAACCAGUCUCUUGUCUGCAGGUCAAGUCCAAGGUGCAGAAAAGAGAGGGUUUGCAAGGACCAGAAACAACUCGGAAUCCGCGAGAGCUCCCCAGAACUUCGAUAGGAAGAGACAACUUUCUGAAUCGCAGACAGAAACAAUGAGCAAUUCAGACAGCAGAAUAAAUCCUAGACAACUGGGAACUCCCAGAGGAGGACCCUAUGCUGCUGUCCCAACAUCUGGUGACAGAAAGAAUCGAAAUAAGCCUGCUCGAGGGAAGAAGAAGAGUAUAUUUGAAGCCUACAUGUCAAAGGAAGAUGUUUCAGCAGGACUGAAAAGGAGAGAGCUUAUUCAGGGACCCUUGAGAAUAAAUCCUAAGAAGUACCAUGAAGCCUUCAUUCCAUCUCCAGAUGGGACUCGCGAUAUCUUUAUUGAUGGAGUGGUUGCUCGCAACAGAGCUCUGAAUGGUGACAUCGUGGUGGUGAGACUGCUUCCCAGGGAGCAAUGGAAGGUAAUAAAGCCAGAUGGUAGUGACAAAGAAACAGAAGCCACGCAUGAAUCAGAUGUCCCUGAGGAUAUGCUGGGGACUUGUGUUCCUCGAGAGGCGGCAAAAGGCGGCGCUGAGGGUCCGGAUGUCAUUAUCGAAGCUCAGUUUGAUGAUAAUGAUGCAGAGCAUGGACAAGACCACUUGCCGGACACGUUGGCUCAUGACAUCAAGAAACUUUCCCUGGAUACCGCUGAAAAGGUGAAAGCUGGUGGGAUGGGUGCUGUGCACAGAACAAAACCAGAGGAGGUACCCAAGGUGAACGAUCCCAGGCUCCUCCCAGAUAAGUUCCUUCAGAGGACAGCUAAGGUGGUUUAUAUUUUGGAAAAGAAGCAUUCUCGAGCAGCUACAGGCUUCAUCAAGCUUCUGGCAGACAAGAACAGUGAGCUCUUCAAGAAGUGUGCCAUGUUCUCACCUGUGGACCACAGAGUGCCCAGGGCCUACGUGUCUUUGGCUGAUUGCCCCUCAGACUUUGUGGCCAGACCCGAGGACUAUUCAAAUAUGCUCUUCAUUUGUCGCAUAGUGGAUUGGAAAGAAGACAGCAACUUUGCAUCAGGGCAGUUGGCCAAAAGUCUUGGUCAGGCGGGGGAAAUCGAGCCAGAAACAGAAGGAAUCCUGACAGAGUAUGGCGUGGAUUUCUCUGACUUUUGCCCCGAAGCCCUGGAAUGCCUUCCCCAAAGCCUGCCUUGGGUUAUCUCACCAGGAGAGAUGGCCAAAAGGAGAGAUUUAAGGAAAGAAUGCAUUUUCACCAUCGACCCAUCAACUGCCAAAGAUCUUGAUGAUGCUUUGUCCUGUAAACAACUCCCUGACGGGAACUUUGAAGUGGGUGUUCACAUUGCGGAUGUAAGCUACUUUGUACUGGAAGAAACAGCACUGGAUAGAGUGGCGAGCGAGAGGGCAACGAGUGUCUAUUUAGUGCAAAAGGUGAUCCCAAUGCUUCCCAAGCUGCUCUGUGAGGAGCUGUGCAGUCUCAAUCCCAUGCGAGACCGGCUGACGUUCUCUGUGAUGUGGAAGGUGACUCCAAAAGGCAAGAUCCUUGACGAAUGGUUUGGGCGGACAGUCAUCUGCUCCUGUGCAAAGCUGAGCUACGACCACGCACAGAGCAUGAUAGAAAACCCCACGAAGGUGUUCUCACCUGAAGAACUGCCCCCUAUCUCCCCUCAGCACUCAGUAGCCGAGAUCCAGCAAGCUGUGCUGAAUCUGCAUCGCAUCGCCCAGCACCUCCGCAAGCAGCGCUUCAUCGACGGUGCUCUGCGCCUCGACCAGCUGAAGCUCUCGUUUACCUUGGACCAGGAGAGUGGGAUGCCUCAAGGCUGCUAUAUCUAUCAGUACCGGGACAGCAACAAGCUGGUAGAGGAGUUCAUGCUGCUGGCGAACAUGGCCGUGGCCCAUCAGAUCUACCGCUCCUUCCCCGAGCAGGCGCUGCUUCGCCGCCACCCACCGCCCCAGAGCAAGUUGCUGAACGACUUGAUGGAGUUCUGCCACCAAGUUGGCCUCGAGAUCGACUUCAGCAGCGCGGGCAGCCUGCAUAAAAGCUUAAAUGAAACAUUUGGAGCUGACAAAUACUCCGAAGCCAGGAAAGAAGUGCUGACCAACAUGUUCUCCAGGCCCAUGCAGAUGGCUCUGUACUUCUGCACCGGCGUCCUGAAGGACGAGACCCUCUUCCGCCACUACGCCCUCAACGUGCCCUUCUACACACACUUCACUUCGCCCAUCCGUCGCUACGCAGACGUCGUUGUGCACCGGCUGCUCUCCGCGUCGCUCGGUAUCAGCUCUCCCAUCAAGAUGGAGAAGGAGGCCAUCCAGCGACAAGCAGAGCACUGCAAUGACAGGAAGAUGGCUUCCAAGAGGGUGCAGGAGCUCAGCACCGACCUCUUCUUUGCCGUCUUUGUCAGGGAGAGCGGUCCUCUGGAGUCUGAGGCCAUGGUGAUGGGUGUCCUGAACGAGGCCUUUGAUGUCCUGGUGCUGAAGUUUGGAGUCCAGAAGCGAAUCUACUGCAACGCACUGCCCUUGCUGGGCUUCCACUUCCAGAAGGUGGGGAGGAAGCCAGAGCUGACGCUCAUGUGGGAGCCAGAGAGCCCAGAGCAGGAAUCUGUGUCUCAGGAGAUCACCAUUUUCACACUGGUGGAGGUGGUGCUGAAGUCGGACGGGGUUCCCCUGAAAUACAGCGCUCUGCUCAAGAGGCCCAGCACUGAGAAGUGAGCGCGCCCAGCCACAGCUCUGACACUUUGUCACCAGCGCCGCACCAGCACCCAUGGGGACAGAGGGGACCCGCCAGGAGUUUGGGGAUUUGAAUUUUGAAAUUGACGUCAUUUUAUUUCUGGUUUGGAUUUUAACCCAGGGAUCGGGGUUGCCCCAGAUGGGGCAAUUUCUACUGGCAGAUAUUUUUAGCUUUAUGGUUUGUUUUUUUUUCCUUUAUGAGACUGUGGGUGCCCGUCCCUUGCCACUGGGGGUGCCUGUGGUGGGGGCUACAUGGAGGCUGAUGUCCCUGAAAGCAGAGGGGCUGCUUUAGGCUGGGUGGGCUGACCGGGCCUCUCAGAAGGGCUCCCAGCUGGGCCACGUGUCGUGAAAUAAA